UCGAUAGUUCGCAGGUCGUGUACACGUCGCGCGUGUAACUACCACCUGUGUUUUUUCUCAAUUCUCCAGUUAUAAACAAACAAAUAGCUAUUGUGUAGUACCAGCAGGCUCGGCGAGUGCAAGUGACACCUUAGAGUGACAGUGCGUCGGUGUGUGCAUCUUCUGUAAGCAGGAUUUUGUGAAAACUGCUGCUCGAGUGUCGUGCUACAGUGCAGUUUUGGUCGGAAAAUAAAGAUAAUUUUCUGAACGGUGCUGCCAAAGUGACGCGAGUAAUAACGUGAAACGUUGAGCCGAUGUUAGGCCAAAAGCUCGAUGCAAUCGGGCCACUGUCGAGUUUCGAAUGAGCGUGAAAUGAUGCUGGAUGAAGAAUGCGAUGUUGUCGAGAUCUGGCAACGCCUUUCGAAGCAGCAGCCACAGCAGCAGCAGCAGCAGUUUGAUGAUGCUGUGGAGUCGUCCAUCAGUGCCAGCGAUAAUAACGAUCAUCAGCAUUGCUCAGUGUAGCGCUGGAUAGGCCAAUUUAAUGCACGAAGUGUAUUCGUAAAAAAAAAAAAAAACAAAAUUUUUCUUCCUACCGUUUCAAAGAUUUCAUAGUCUAUUUUGGUGCUGUUUCAAGCGUAUUUGAAGCUGCAGAGCUAUAUUUGUGCACGCGCAACGGAGAACAGGUUGCUGCUGCCAACGCUUCAUAAACGUCGAAAAAAGAGACAGAGAGGGAACAGCCGUCAGGAUUGUAACUGUACUUGCAUGCAGGACAAGUUCGACUAUGUCAUAGAUGGAUUUUUUCUCCUGCACAGAGCUUCGACUUUGAGACCAACUGUAAAUACAUACACAAAUAAAUUAGUAAGGUUAAAACAAACAAAAAAACUACUGUGUAGAUAGCAACGAGUGGAUUGACGAAUUCAACGACUGUUUUUUCCUGCGAGUGUUUUUGUGCAGUUUUGUUAUUUUGUAAUCAAAGAAUCUCAGUGUGCAAUAAUUUCGUGAACGUGUGCAAAACAGAGUUCAUCUCGUUCCAAGUGCAAUAAUUAAGUGAUAUUUUACGAAAAUCAAGUGUACUAAUAGCUAAAUUUAUAUCAAUUCUUAAAAAAUAGAAAAGAAAAAAGUGUCGUGAUUACAAUUGUUUAAAUAUUAAGUGCAUCAAGAAAUAAAGUGCAAAUAUCUCAAGAGAAUUAAGUUGUCUUUGUUCGUCGUCGAUAGGUAAGACGAGCAAAGGCCUUUUUGCAUUUGGGAAUUUGACGUGAGGCCAGAAUCGUCAGCAGGAAUGAUCAAAAAAUAAUGAGGAAUACGUUUUCGUCGAGCAGAAGCGUUAGAAGCAGCGAUCGCCAAUAUGACGAUUUUAAUUCGUUCUAUCCUCAUUCUGCUGUUUGCCGUUGUUGGCACAAGGUGUAUGUGUCACAGCGGCUACACGGGACAAAAUUGCGAAAACGAAUAUAUCCCCUGCGAUCCAUCGCCAUGUCAAAAUGCUGGUCUUUGCCACCAAAUAGACAGUCUCAAUUACAGAUGCGAAUGCCCAGAAGGUUUCGAAGGUGAUAAUUGCGAAAUAAACAUCGACGACUGCGUGGGCAAUCUAUGCCAAAACGGAGCGACGUGCGUCGACCGCGUCAACGAGUACUCGUGCACAUGCCCCCCUGCGUUCCACGGGCCGCAGUGCGAGUACGACGUCGACGAGUGUUCCAUCAGGCCGUCGCUCUGCCACAACGGGGCCACCUGCACCAACAGCCACGGCAGCUAUUCGUGCAUAUGCGUCAACGGCUGGGCCGGGCCCGAUUGCAGCGUCAACAUCGACGAUUGCGCCGGUGCGGCGUGCUUCAACGGUGCCACCUGCAUCGACCGAGUCGGUAGCUUCUUCUGCCAGUGCACGCAUGGAAAGACUGGUUUGCUUUGCCAUCUGGAUGAUGCAUGUACGUCGAAUCCGUGUCAUCAAGACGCUGUGUGCGAAACUAGUCCGAUCAACGGCUCCUUCACGUGUUCCUGCACGAGCGGUUAUCGCGGCAUCGACUGCUCCGAGGACAUCAACGAGUGUGAACAAGGAUCACCUUGCGAGCAUGACGGUAUUUGCGUCAACACCCCAGGAUCGUUUGCUUGUAAUUGUACGCAAGGCUUUACUGGACCACGAUGCGAGACCAACAUCAACGAGUGCGAGUCUCAUCCUUGCCGAAAUGAUGGCUCCUGCCUUGAUGAUCCUGGAACUUUCCGUUGCGUUUGCAUGCCUGGUUUCACUGGAACACAAUGCGAGAUCAACAUAGACGAAUGUGCGGGCAAUCCUUGUCUGAAUGGCGGCACAUGCACAGAUCUAAUAAACGGCUUCAAAUGCAAGUGCGCCGAUGGUUUCGCAGGGGUGCAUUGCCAGAUCAACGUGGACGAUUGCGCCUCGUCGCCGUGCCGAAAUGGCGGCACUUGCCACGACUCGGUCGCGCGUUACACCUGCGAGUGCCCGGCUGGCUUCACCGGCUCGAGUUGCGAGACCAACAUCAACGAUUGCCAAUCGAACCCGUGCCAUAGCGGCACCUGCAUCGACGGCGAGAACUCGUUCACCUGCAGCUGCUUCGCUGGCUUCACGGGACAUCUUUGCCAGACGCAGAUCGACGAGUGCGACAGUUCGCCUUGUCUGUUCGGUGGACGCUGCGAGGACCGCAUCAACGGCUAUCAGUGCAUCUGUCGACCCGGUACGUCCGGCAACAAUUGCGAGAUCAACGUCAACGAGUGUUACAGCAACCCGUGCCGCAACGGAGCUCGCUGCGUAGACGGAAUCAAUCGCUACACCUGCGAGUGCGAGCCCGGAUUCACCGGACAACACUGCGAGACCGACGUCAACGAGUGUGCCUCGAAUCCGUGCGCCAACGGGGGCCGCUGCAUCGAUCUCGUCAAUGGCUAUCGCUGCGAAUGCCCUCGCGGUUACUAUGACGCUCGUUGCCUCAGCGACGUCGACGAAUGCGCCUCGAAUCCGUGCCUCAACCACGGCAGCUGCGAGGACGGUGUCAAUCAGUUCAUCUGCCACUGUUUACCCGGCUACGGGGGCAAGCGCUGCGACAUCGACAUCGACGAGUGUGGCUCGAAUCCCUGUCAGCACGGUGGCAUUUGCAACGACCACCUCGACGGCUACAUUUGCCAUUGUCUGCCUGGCUACGCUGGCAUCAACUGCGAAACCAACAUCGACGACUGUGCCAACAAUCCCUGCCAGAAUGGCGGCUCCUGCAUCGAUCUUGUCAACGAUUACAAGUGCGUCUGCGAGCUGCCACACACGGGCCGUAAUUGCGAGAACAAACUCGAUCCCUGCUCGCCCAACAAGUGCCAUCACGGAGCCAAGUGCACACCGUCUUCAAACUUCCUUGAUUUUGCCUGUACUUGUACUGUAGGAUACACUGGUCGGCUCUGCGACGAGGACGUUGAUGAAUGUAUCAUGACAUCGCCCUGCAGAAAUGGAGCCACCUGUCGCAACACCAAUGGAUCUUAUCAUUGUAUUUGUGCCAAAGGUUACGAAGGACGUGAUUGCGUCAUAAACACUGACGAUUGCGCUGCUUUCCCUUGUCAAAACGGUGGUACCUGCCUCGAUGGUAUUGGCGAUUACACGUGCCUUUGCGUCGACGGAUUUAAUGGCAAACACUGCGAAGUGGAUGUCGACGAGUGCCAAUCAAAUCCCUGUCAAAACGGUGCCAUCUGCAAAGAGUACGUCAACUCGUACACGUGCCAAUGUCAACUCGGUUUCUCAGGCAUCAAUUGUCAAACCAACGAUGAAGACUGCACGGACUCGUCUUGCAUGAACGGAGGAACUUGCCACGAUGGAAUAAAUAAUUAUACUUGCUCAUGUAGAUCGGGCUACACUGGCACCAACUGUCAAUAUCACAUCAACGAGUGUGAUAGUAACCCUUGUCAAAACGGAGCUACUUGUCACGACCAUGUGCAGUACUACACUUGCCAUUGUCCAUACGGCUUUACUGGUGAACGCUGUGAAAGUUACGUGGACUGGUGUGCUGAGUCUCCUUGCGAGAAUGGCGCUACGUGCUUGCAGCAAAGAAAUAAAUAUGAAUGCAAGUGCUCACCUGGAUGGACUGGUAAAGUCUGUGACGUCGAAAUGGUAUCGUGCGAUGACGCGGCUCUUCGCAAAGGUGUAGCCGAGCAUAGGCUUUGUAACAAUGGUACUUGCAAAGACGUCGGUAAUAGUCACACUUGCAUCUGCAAUGAAGGUUACACUGGCAGCUACUGCCAGAUCGAAAUCAAUGAGUGUGACUCUGCCCCGUGUCAAAACGGAGCUGUGUGUCGUGAUCUUGUUGGUUCCUACCAGUGUGAUUGUACUAAAGGCUUUCAAGGACAGAAUUGUGAGUUGAACGUGGACGAUUGCAGUCCGAAUCCCUGUCAGAAUGGCGGCACCUGCCACGAUCUUAUCGGAAAAUACAGCUGCUCUUGUCCACCAGGCACCCUUGGGUACAUUUGUGAAAUCAAUGUUGAUGACUGCGUAGUAGAUGCUUGCCACAACAACGGCACGUGUGUCGACAAAGUUGGAGGUUUCGAGUGCAAAUGUCCUCCGGGUUUCGUAGGUCCAAGAUGCGAAGGUGACAUCAAUGAAUGUUUGUCAAAUCCAUGUGCUUCUCCUGGCACUCAAGAUUGCGUGCAGCUCGUCAACAACUUUCAUUGCAAUUGCAAGCCGGGAUACAUGGGUCGUCAUUGCGAAGUCGAGGUCAACUUUUGCGACAGUUCACCAUGCCAGAAUGGAGGCGUUUGCGCCGCUGAAAAAGCUGGUCAUACUUGUGUCUGCCCAGCUGACUAUUACGGACCCAACUGUGAAUUCUCAGGAUCGUUUUGUGACACUGAGCCUUGUCUAAAUGGUGGAACAUGUCGCAUUACAGAAACCGGCGUUGGCUACAGAUGUUACUGCCAGCCCGGUGUAGGAGGCACACAUUGUGAAAUUGAUACCAGAGAUGAGUGUCUCAGCAAUCCAUGCCAACAACCCGAUGCAAUUUGCGAAAAUCUUUUGGGUGAUUACGCUUGCUAUUGCCCACCGAAAUGGACCGGCAAAAAUUGCGAGAUUUAUGAUCCUAACUACCGCGGGGGUGUUUUUGGAAAGCCUGGCAAGUAUAACAACAACAACAUGAAUGCUUUUGACCUAGACCUCGAACGAGAACGUAAAAAAUGUAUCGAGAAUAGGUGUGACGAAAAGUCCGGUAAUCAUCGUUGCGACGAAGAGUGUAACCGCUAUGCUUGUAACUUUGAUGGUAACGAUUGUUCUCUUGGUAUAAAUCCUUGGAGAAAUUGUACAGCACCGAUCAAUUGUUGGGACGUCUUCAUGAACGGCGUGUGUGACGAAGUAUGCAAUAAUCCACAAUGUCUUUUCGAUGGCCGAGAUUGUGAAAAGCGACUUGCACCCUGCAAUCCAAUCUAUGACGCGUACUGUCGCAAGCAUUACGCCAACGGCAUGUGUGAUUACGGUUGUAAUAACGAAGAAUGCAACUGGGACGGUUUAGAUUGCGAUCGAGAACCACCUUCUUUGGCCGAUGGUGUCAUUUCUGUCGUUGUGCGCAUGGAUAUGAUGGCUUUCCGGCAAAACUUGGUAAUGUUUUUGAGAGAUAUGGGUCAUGAGUUAAGAACGACUUUGCGAGUAAAGCAAGACGAUCUUGGACAAGACAUGAUUUUCCCAUGGAAGCGUGAUCGUGAACCGUCUAUUGAGACGAACUUUUUCGGCCGCCCAACAUCUAUUUACAUGGAAAAUCAACCAGGAGUAGUUGCGUACCUUGAAAUUGACAAUCGCAAGUGUACAACCAUGUCUGGAGCCGUUUGCUUCCCAUCUGCCAAUGAAGCUGCUGAAUUUUUGGCUGCACGAGCUUCGAAACAUACACUAUCGAGAAACUUUCCGAUUGAAAAAAUAGAAAGCGUAGUGGAGCCAAAUCCUGACUACGCAGAUUCGCCGACCAACUUCAAAUACGUUUUUAUUGGGGGCAUACUAGUUGUUCUAGUAGGAUCUUUGAUCGGUGUACUUAUCACCCAGCGCCGACACCCCGGUAAAAUUACGACCUGGUUCCCGGAAGGUUUCAUUCGAACUUCGACCAGCAGCGUUCAAAGGAGACGUUCACGUCGUCGUGGCCCGGACGGCCAAGAAAUGCGUAAUCUAAAGCAGCAGCAACCAGGAAAUAACUGUAUGGAGCUGGAUAUGGGCAAUGGCCAUGCUCCUCAAUGGUCAGAUGACGAGUCUGAUUUGCCGCCCUCAAAACGUAGGCGUGCCAUUGAACCUGGAUACUCUAGCGAUCACACAGUUAUUACCGAUUACGAAGAGGCUGAGCCACGUAUGUGGACGCAGCAGCAUUUUGAGGCGGCUGAAAUUAGAAGACCCGAUGCUGGCAUUCUUACACCUCCAAGUCAAGAACACGGCCAAGAUGUCGACGCCAGGGGGCCGUGCGGAAUGACGCCGCUUAUGGUAGCCGCUGUCAGUGGAGCAGGUUUGGACACAGGAGAGGAAGAAGACGAGAACGACAAUACUGCAGCUACCAUAGCAAAUCUUGUUGCUCAAGGUGCUGAUCCGAACGCCACGACGGAUAAGAGUGGUGAAACAUCUCUUCAUCUAGCUGCAAGAUAUGCACGUGCAGACGCGGCUAAGCGUCUAUUAGAUGCCGGUGCGGAUGCCAAUUCCCAAGAUAAUACUGGCCGUACUCCUCUACACUCAGCUGUUGCAGCUGAUGCUAUGGGAGUUUUCCAAAUUCUAUUGCGUAAUCGGGCUACUAAUUUAAACGCACGAAUGCAUGACGGAACGACGCCUCUGAUUCUUGCUGCGCGUCUUGCGACCGAAGGCAUGGUCGAAGAUCUCAUUAACGCUGAUGCAGAUAUUAACGCUUCAGACAACAGUGGCAAAACCGCUCUUCACUGGGCGGCCGCUGUGAAUAACGUAGAUGCCGUUAACGUACUUCUCGUACACGGAGCCAACCGCGACGCUCAAGACGAUAAGGACGAGACUCCAUUAUUCCUUGCUGCCAGGGAAGGCAGCUAUGAAGCUUGUAAAGCUUUACUAGACACAUUCGCUAAUCGAGAAAUUACUGACCAUAUGGACAGGCUCCCGAGAGACGUAGCGAGUGAGCGACUUCACCACGACAUCGUUCGAUUGCUCGACGAGCACGUGCCAAGAUCGCCACAAAUGGUCAACGUCAUACCCAACGGACCUCUAAUGGCAGGCUCGCCUAAUCAUCCAGGUUUGAUCUCUCAUCCUACGGUGAUCGGCAACGGAGGAAAACAGACAAAGUCGAAGAAGCGUCCGAAGCCAGGCGCUGGAAAUCCAAACAGUCCGGAAUCGGAAAACGGUGGUGCGGCCUCGGUUCGGCGAAAACCCUCGGUGAAAAAACAGCAGGGACAACAGCCCCCGCAGGCCGCGAAGCGCGCCGCACAACCAAACCCAAAUCAGGAACUACCGCAAGGCGCCGAAGGAGCAGAGGGAAACUUGCCCAGUCCUUACGACACCGCAAGCCUGUACAGUAAUGCAUUGCCAUCGCUGGUAGGUGCAACAGCGCCUCAUACUCAAACUACUUCAGUGGCCGCCGCUGCACAAGCUGCUGCGGUUGUUCAGGCUGCCAAACAGCCCCCUCCCUACGAAGAUUGCAUAAAAAGCCAAACAAUGCAGCAGAACAACUUGCAACAACUGAGUCACUUAUCGCCCGAUGGUUUCACAAAUUAUGGAUUGUCAAAUUUUCAUGAGCAACAAAUGCUGGUAGCACAGCAUCAACAACGACAACAGUCGAACGGUGGAAUGGUCGUGAAUACCCUAUCGCCGCCGUACAGUAAUCAGUCGCCUCCACAUUCCGUUCAAUCAAAUAUGACAUUGUCGCCACAAGCGAGUUACAUGGGCUCGCCUUCACCUGCCAAAAGUCGGCCAUCGUUGCCGACGUCCCCGACGCACAUUGCAGCUAUGCGACAAGCAACGCAUCAGAAGCACGGUGGCAUGCCACCAGUGGGGUUUGACUUUGACAGCAUGCCCUACCAGCAACAGCAAAUGCAAGCGUCGCAACAACAGCAACAGCAGCAACAGUUUCAACAGCAACAGAGCCAACAGCAACAGUACUAUCAGUACUUGACGCCGCCUUCACAUCAUUCAGGUCCAGAUGUAACGCCUCAGCAUUUACUUCAAGCUCCCGAAAGCUUUCCAACGCCGUCGCCGGAUAGUCCUGGGCAUUGGUCUUCGAGCUCGCCACACUCAAAUAGUGACUGGUCUGAGUGUAUGGCAUCGCCCCAGAAUGCCUACGGGACGGCCGCUGGUCCUGCUACUGGACACCAAAGCAAUAAGGGUCAAGAGGCUAUUUAUAUAUGAUCCGCGCUCAUCGUGGACCCCAAUGCGCCGCGCGACUCAAUUUGACAAACGUAAAAACGGGGAACUGUGAUUCAUUAAUUAUAUAUCCUUUAUUAUUUCAUUUUUAUAUCAGAUAUCAUUAUUUUUAAUUUUUAAUGUAUUGAGACUUUAAAGCUGUAUAUUAGUGCCUCGCUGUGCGAUAAAAAAUCAUGGGAUCUUCCGAAAUUGUUAAAAAGAUGACAGAAUUUCAAUUUUGAUUUUUAAAAAUUCAAAUAAUAUGUAUUAGUAAAGUAAGAGUACAUAACAAUAGAGACUGACAAUAAUUGUGUCUUAUUAUGAAGUAUGACAUUGGGCUAUGUUGCGCAAAGUGUAUGAUAUUAAAAGGUACAUAGGCAUAGCAGAUCAGCUCGCAGAUCUUAUAUAUUUAGAAAAAUGUUAAGAACAAAAUUAAUAAAAGUAAAAAAAAUGAAAAGAUCGAGCUACUUAUAAGAGACUGCUUGAACUUAAUUUUUUUUCUUUGGGUACGAUUUAUCCAAUCUGAUCUCGCUGCCUGUCUUCGUUGUAUCUAGCAAAAAGUACGAAUAAUUUAAUUGCCCAGAUGAAUGUAAGUUAUUCUAGAAAAUACUUUAUUAAUCAUUACUAUUUUUAUUCAUGACAUUAUUAUUAUAUUAUAAAAAUAUACAAAACUUGUUAUUCCUUGUAAUAUGUAAAAAGUACUGAAUUUUAUCUCUAAGGAUGCCGUAUUUAAUUUAAGAUUUACUGUAGUUUUUUAAUAUAAUGAUCCUAUAUUACUUUUAUCAAUAGUUUUUAUAAGUGACGUCUCUAUAGGAAUAACAUAGAUAAUUUUUUUUAAAUAUAAUCUCGAUAGGGUUGUUGUUCCGUUCUAUUGUGCUAUGCUUUCGCGUUUUUUAUAUCACAAUAUGUUAUAAGCAUAGGUACUUCUAGUGUACUUUACACAACAAUCAAAUUGUAUUAUAGCAAUAAAUAAUAUCAAUAAAAAUAAAU